UGGCUCUCCCUCUAGCCAAUCGCCACACCCUUCCAGUCUCAGUUCCCCGCAACCCCAGCAACCCCGGGAGGUUUAAAUAGAGCCCCGCUAACGAUGAUGGGCUGGAGGAAUUGUUUCUGAGUUGGAAGUGUUUCCUUCUCCUUAUUACUUUCUUGCGUUGUUUCUCUUGAGUUGUGUUAGCUUUCGGCUGGAAAUGGAGCAUUUGUCGCCGGCGUGGCAGUUGUUGGGGCAUGACAGCUCCUGAGCCCAAGAAGUUCUUAUGUUGGUCUUUUUUAUUUCCUCCAAAUCUUUUGAGAGCAGGGACACUGCUUCCCCAGAAAGGAGGUGUGUGGAAAGUUUUUGUCCUCUAGGGUAGAGAUGGUAAGUGUGGGAGUCAUCACAGAGCCCUGUCAUGCCAGGUGGGAAGUUGAGACAGAUCAGGUGGUCCUGCAGCGGCGGCAGAAGCAGAUAGACUACGGCAAGUGCACACUUGGUUACCAGUGCUUUUUGCAGCAAGUCCCCAGGGCACAGCGACAGCCUGGGUUUCACCCUCAAACACCAAACAAAAACAGGAGGUACAGUCGCCGAUCCUGGGAUGCCCAGAUCAGGCAAUGGAGAAGAGCCCUGCAUACCUGGGACCCCCCAAGCCAGCCUCUGCAUGACAGGGAGGCUUUGGGGAAGGCCAGUAAGAACUCCCUAAGGCCGGUGGAUUCUACUCCCUUGGAUGAUCCUCUGGAUGACUGGCUCCAGGCUCCGGAAUCCUCAGAGAAUUGGGACAGAGGCCAGAAAGAGGCCCAGUUUGCAUACUUGAAGGGUCCUGUUUCCUCUUCUCCUGAGCUCAAAGAGGAAGAGCCUCACCACUGAGCCUACCGCCGUUUACCUAUCCCAGACGUGUAGGGUGCAAACUAAAGAAAACCCGUAUUUUGUAGGGACUCGCUGCUACUACUGUUAUAGCCAAGUGACUGGAAUGACUACUUUCCAACCAAUUAAAAAGGACAUCUAAAACUAUGA